ACCGAGAGCUUUCACAGGAAUCGCGAGCUCGAUUCUCGCCAGUCGGUAGCCGAAGAUAUUUUCACACAGCCCCUUCCUCCUCGCUCCCGAGCAGUAGCAGUAGUAGCGGCGGCCCACGGCAAUGGCGGAGUACGCCGGCGAGGACGAGCCAGCCAACGGCGUCCACGCGGCGGCGGACAAGGUCGAGGUCGUCGAGGUCGAGGUCGAGCGUCGCCGGGAGGCUCGGCCUCCGGCGCCGGCCCCGGCCCCGGCUCUGCACGCCGCCCUCUAUCGCAUGAUAGCCACCGUCCUGUUCCCCGAUCACGCCAGCAGGGCCUCCGGGGAGCCGCUCGCGCGGCGGAUCAAGAUCUCCCUCGCCGACGACGGCCCCGUCCUCCGGGAAGCUUCCAGACAGUCCGGGCGCCGCGUCCUCCUCUGGGCUCGCCAGGGUUCUCCUCUCCGCGCGCUGCUCGUCGUCUCGAUUGGAACAAUUGCUUUUCUUGCUUUGACGGGACUUCUUGUGUUCAUGCUCUUUUUCCUUGCGGCAACGAUCAAUGCAAUCGUCAUUUCUCUCCUGAUGUCUAUGGCUGCAGUAGGGAGUGUAUUGGCUCUUUUCUUUGCCUGUGUGACAGCUGUAUAUGUUGGUGCUCUGGUUAUCGCUGUUUUUGUUAUUUCUACAGCAACAUGCUCUGCAGUGCUAGCUGUUCUUGUAGCUACAGGUUGGAUAGGUUUUCUUUGGACUGUCUGGUUGGCAACUAAGAAAAGCUUGGACCUUGCAAAACAUUCUAUCAGUGUGACUGGUUCAGCCCUCUCAGCCUAUUCUACUGGUUGGCAUUCCCAUCACCACCAGGGACGCAGUAAAAUCUCGGAUUGAAGUGCCACUUUAUAUGUAUCUCCUUGUGUAAAUGUUGCUGGGGGCUUUUAUGGUGUGAUGAGCUGCUUUCCCUUCGGUUUUCAUGAUAUGUACAAAGGCAGCAAUGAGAUUAAUGGCUAUGCUAGUACUUAUAUUUGUUUGCAUGAGGUUUGGAAGCUUAAUCUGUAUCUGGUGCUGUUAGACGUGGUUUGUUGCAUCUUAUAAGUUAUAACUCGGUACAGAUGUGAAUUCAUAGUUGUGAUUAUCUCCA